AUGAUAUCGACCCCGCCACCCCGCUCCUUGCGCGACAAGUGUCUUGAGCUCAGGGAUAAGGUCGAGGCGUUUAUUGCAGAGGAACCAGAUACACAGAUACUGCGCGAUGUGCAAAGCCAGGUUAUCAAGUCGAUAGGGGUUGUGGAUGAGGCCCUGGAGAAAUACAGGCCGGAAGAAAUAUCGUUAUCAUAUAAUGGCGGAAAGGACUGCCUCGUACUACUUGUCGUAAUCCUCGCUCGCAUGGGCCGUCUUUACUACUCAGCACCCGACUCAGCUUCCGACUCAACCACCAAUGGAACCUCAAUCACACCCCCCGAGAAGCUCCAAUGCGUCUACAUCGUCGCCUCUCACCCCUUCCCCGAAGUUGACAAAUUUGUCGAGACGUCCAGCGCCGAGUACGGUCUCGAAGUGGCUCGAUAUGUGUUACCGAUGAAGAAGGGACUCGAGAUAUACCUGGAGGAGCGACCGAGCAUCAAGGCUGUGUUUGUGGGCACACGAAGGACGGAUCCGCAUGGCGAGAACUUGACGUUCUUUGAUCCGACGGACGCUGGCUGGCCAUCGUUCAUGAGGAUACAUCCCGUUAUUGACUGGCAUUAUGUUCAAAUCUGGGCUUUUAUCCGACACUUGGGUAUCGAGUAUUGUCCAUUGUACGACCAAGGCUACACGAGUCUGGGCGGGAAAAAGGACACACAUCCGAACCCCCACCUAAAGAAGCAAGAUAACGGCGGAGAGACCUUCCGGCCGGCAUAUGAGUUAACUGAGGACGGUGAAGAGCGGCUGGGUCGCGACUUUUGA